AUGUCACAGACGUCGACGACGACGUGGGAACGGACCAAAGGCUACUCAAAGCGCGGCUUCGACAAGGCAUGGCACCAGCUUGAUAGGAUUGGACGGCCGGUCAACCGACUAUCCAACAAGCUUGGCGCAGAGGCAUUCUGGCCGACGACGCUGGACAAAGAGAGCGAAAAGGCUGCGCGCAUACUGCGGAGCUUCUGCAAAGAUGGCUUCUACGGCCAGGUCGAGUCGAGCAGCACCCCGCCGAAGACGGCGGAGGUGGAUGACGGCCCCAGAGGCAAGCAGCGGGCGCUAAAGAAGAUACCUGCCUCUGUCAUCAGGCAAGCAAAGGGACUGGCGAUAUUCACUACUAUGCGAACAGGCCUAUGGGUCAGCGGAGCAGGUGGCAGUGGUGUCUUGGUUGCACGCCUGGCAGAGACGGGCGAAUGGAGUCCACCGUCCGGUAUUAUGCUGCAUACCGCUGGCCUAGGUUUCCUCAUGGGCGUCGACAUCUACGACUGUGUUGUCGUUAUAAACACCUACGAGGCCCUCGAUGCCUUCAAGUCGCUCAGAUGCACCCUCGGUGGCUCGCUGAGCGCGGUUGCCGGGCCGGUAGGCAUAGGAGGCGUUCUUGACUCGGAAGUGCACAAGCGACAGGCGCCCAUAUGGUCAUAUCUCAAGAGUCGAGGCCUCUAUGCCGGAGUCCAGGUCGACGGAACCAUCAUCAUCGAACGGACGGACGAAAACGAGCGGUUCUACGGCGAGAAGAUCAGUGUUUCAGACAUCCUCUCGGGAAAAGCCAAAAACCCUCCCUCAUCUAUAGCAACCCUGAUACAGACCAUCAAGGCGGCACAGGGUGACCGGGAUAUAGAUGAAGGCAUGCUACCUCCCCCCGGUGAGGCUCCCGGCGACGCAGAGAUCUCGUUAGCCGGCACCUUUGGGGUGCCAGAGGAAGACGACCCAGAUCCCUAUGGCGUCAAGGCCCUGGAGCGAGAGGGCGUUAUCAUCCGCGAAGCAGGCACCAAGAAGCCGCCCUCGCUCGACGUUUUUGACUUUCGGCCCAGUCCCACCAGCCCCAUCAGCCCCAGAUGGAGCGCGACGAGCAGCUGGCGCUUCAGCACACAGAGCACCAUGAGUACCGAUAAGGGAACACAGACCAACUUCCAGGAUAUUGAACGGGGCCAGAGUCCAUCAUCCGUCAGCAGGACCUCGUCUCGGUCUCACAGCAUAAAGGACCUCUCCUCAUCGAUGCACGAGAACACGACAACCGAGUCAGAUACGGAACAUUCGUCCACGGGUGAACCUGACCCUGCUUCCAUCCCCAUCCCUGCUUCAACGGCUACAUCGCGAGCCCAAUCGAUCUCCCCCAAGAUCCCCGAGGCCAUACCAGAGUCUCUGCCCGAGUCUAUUCCCGAGGCUGAAAUAGCUGUUGCAGUAGCCGAGCACGCUAUCCCGCAACAGAUCAACUCCAAGAGCCCACCCUUUGCUCGAGCUAAACUUGUAACCAUCCCGAAACGCCACCCUCCCGCGCUACCGGCACGGAACCCAGGCCGAACGCUUUCCACUGUUGCCACGCUCUCCGAGGCUCAUGAUUCAGGUCUGCUCGCUCUCAGUCUUGACUCGGAAUCGGAUCUCCCUCAGCCCCUGGCCAGAGAGAUCUCAAACGAGCCCGAUGGAGGGAAACGCCGUACCUCCAGCCAUUCGUCUCAUACUUCAAGACAUACCUCCACCUCGCCAAAGUCGGCAUCUCCCCUCUCCAAGUCCGUGUUCCUUGCAUCCCAGUCUUCGUCUGAAGAUGAACUUGCGGCCUCGAAACCCACCUCGCCUGCACUCAACCCUGAACCAGACACCAAGGUGAAGGGCACAGACAAGGAUGUCGAAGAGCCUCCUCUCACCACCGGCGCAUUCCCUUCAGACGAGAAGGAAGCCUGA